CUUUUAUUCAAAAAAUGGGAGAUUCCGCGGAUUCUGAAGACAAUUUUCCGAUCGACGAGGAGUUUGACGGGGAGAAUUUCGAAUUUCACGAGCAAAACUUCAAUUUCUACAAUUUUACACCAAUUCCAACAACUGAACGACUAAAAAAGUGGCCGGAAAUGUAUCAAGUGCCGCGAAAAUGCCGAAAAAGUCAGGAUUUUGCGGAAAUUCGGCCGGCGGUCGGAUCUGUGAGAAUCGAGUUCUCGAAAAAGCCGGAAAUUGUGGCAAAACCAAGAAUUGUGGUUCCGUGUCCAAACUGCGAUUUUGUCUUUGGCUCCGGUCGUGCUCUGGCUCAGCAUCAGGCCAAACACUCUAAAACUGUUAAAUCUGAAAUUUCAACCCGCCAACCGGGUUUUCUGUGCCCAAUCACCGAUUGCACCGCCCGUUGCGAUUACCAGGCCACGUUGAAUGAGCACGUGCGUGCUCAGCACGAAAAUGAACAAGUUGCGUAUGAAACUAUGCAAUUUGCGAAUUUCAACGAGUUUGAGCGUUGGAAAGAGAAUCUCGAGUACAGCACGUCGUCCCGAUUUGUGCACACGUCCGGAAGAUACACUACCACCGGAAAAACUAGACGCUAUUCAUGUUUCUUCACCAAAUCCCAGCAGCCUACAGACAAGGAGCCACGUGGAGCCCGUAAUCGGCCAACGAAAAAGCUAAAAAGGGCUUGUACCGCCCAUAUAUCGGUCAGGGAGACUUUUGGCCAAAUCCACGUCCGUGCUUGUCUUUUUCACUGUGGACACGAGCAUUUGGUGAACAAUUUGCCGCUUUCAACGAUCGUUCGAAAGGAAAUUGCGACGCUUUUGAUCCGAGGAGAAACACCGGAAGAAAUUGUUGAAAAACUCAGAAAAAAUUCAAAUUCCACCGAUCGUCGCUUCUACAUUCGUCCGUAUGAAAUUCGCAAUAUUUCCGCAAAAAUUCAAAAAGCUCGAGAACGUCACGGAGAGCAAUUGGAGAAAUUUGCUGUUGAGGAGAUGGAUCUUGAAACACUGACCGAUGUGCCGCCAUUCGUCGCCAGCGAGGAAAUUGUCUAAAUUUAUUGAUUUUUAAAAAAUUUUGUUUCAAAUUCAAUUUUUAUUGAUUUUUUCCUCGAAUAAAUUAUUUUUUUUUAC